UAUAUUUCAUAUUGUUUAAAAAUAAGAUACUGUAAUUUUUUUAAGACAAAUAAUCUCUAAUAAGUCAUAUGAUGCCUUAUGAACUGAACACUAAUAUCCGUCAAAUAAGGAAGGAAGGGAAAUUUAAAUUUCCUUCCUGUUCAAAGUUGUGAAAAUAAUUUCACCAUAAGUUUUAACAUUGUUAAUUGUAUAAAACUAUUAAUGUAGAGAAGUUAUGUUAAAUGAUUGAUUAUGUUUAUAAACACGGGUGCCAAGCAACCAUACCACCUAAGACCCAACAGAAAAGUAAUAUGGAUAAUAUAUUAUUAAAGAAAAUUUCCUAGCGAACUCUCUAGGAUAACGAUUCGCGAUGUAAAGUCAAUGUAAAAUGCCAUUAGCUGACGCUAAGGAAAGGAAGCAAAACGAAGAAAAUAAUUUGUUAGAUUUCAGACUGAAAGGAACACAGAUUGCAUUACAGAGAAGACCUAGUCCAGUUUGUUCUCGAUCAUCCUCAAGACUUGAACCUAACUUUAGAUCAAUGUCAGCUACUCCUACUUUUCCAUACAAGGAGAAGCAUCGAAAGACUCCACCUUGGACCAGACCUCAGUCAGCUGAUCAUGUCACUAGAGGAAGAAGAAAAAUUGCUGCUAAGUUUGAAAGAAGUGGUGACAGAAGGCAUUCAAAAAGAAAAGGGACUGGCUCUAUGAACAAUCUUUUGGAUAAUUCUUCCAUUGAGGAUGGUAUAGAUUCUGAAACAUCUAUAACACCAAGUCCUGUUCCAAGUUUAAAUGAAGUUCUUCGUUCUAAUGGGAAAUUGGAACCAGGACUAGCUGCCAAACCACCCAUACCCCCAGGCCUUUUACCGAAGCGUGAUCACAAAUCUAUGGACGAUAUAAUAAAUAUAAAAUUUCAGAGAUGGUUUCCAGAAUCAAUCCAAGACGCAUAUAAAGACAAGGUACUAGAAAUGAAUACAGGCAAGAUGAAGUUAAAUAGCCUGAUAACUCCCAAAUUAAAAUUAAGUAAGUCUUCUGAAAAUUUAAAUGACUUUCAUGAUUCUUCUCGAACUCCAGAAACCCAAGUCACACUUUCUUUUCCAUUACAUUUUGAUGCUUAUGAAAGCCCAAGAUUUGAUUCUAAUAAGAGAUUGCCAAAAACACAUACAAUGGAAACUAUUGAAGAAAGUGAAGAUGUCCCACAAGUUAAAUUAAAUGGAACUGCUUCCAAUUACUCCAACAAAAAUGGUAAUGGUAAUAAUGACAGGGAAUUUAUGAACUCAAAAGUUGGUCAGUCUCUGAACCAAUUUUAUGAUGGACCUAAUUUGUGUAAUCAAAAAAAAAGAGUUACUAUUCAUGAAAAUUUAGAUAGUGAGAUAGAAAGAAAGAAUGGGUUUGUUGAAAGUUCGAAUUCAUCUUUUGUAAAUGAAAACCAAAUUUCUGAUUCUCAAAAUUUUAGUAAGAAUGUCACAAAAACUGUUGAGACUGGAAACCAAGGACAAAAUUACUCUGACUCAGGUACCCAAGAAAGAGAAAACUUCAGACUACCUAUGAAUGGAGAUGAACAGAGAACUGGUCUUAACAAUGAAGAUAUCUUGAACUGGAUGGGAAACAGUACUGAAGUUACACAGGAAGGAGCACAAGAUAAAGUUCUCGGAUCAACAACUUAUAAUGAUAUUAUUUCAAUGUUGAAAGUUCUGGAAAAAGAAGAAGUGGAAUCAUUAAAGCUAGAAGCACUUUCUGUUAACAGAAGUAACAAUAAUUCUGUUUGCAGCAAUGUGACUCCUGUCGGGGCUAGCUGUAGAGAUAUUUUGACAUUUCUUGAUGAUUUGGACAGAAGUGAUUCAAGAAAUGGUAUGCAUUCACCAGAAACUAAACCAGCGAUACCACACAAUGAUGUUGUCAAACCACUGCCUGCUGGCAGAAUGGGACAGUUGUUGUCAUUAGAUUCUUCUGAACUUGCUCAACGAGUGAUGGCUCUUUCUUUAGAACUAGAGGAGAAAACAGUUAUGUCUGAAAGAGCACAGGAAAGGCUCAAGGAAACUCAAGAAAAACUGAAUAAACACAAGACUGAUUCUGAUUCCAUUAUAAAAAGACAUCAGAAAUUUAUUGAUCAGCUACUGCAAGAGAAGCGGUUGUUAGGAGAGCAGUGUGCAAGUGUGGUGAAGGAAAUGGAAGAAAAACAUAAUAAAACAGUUGCUUCAAUGGAAUCAAGGCAUGAAGUUGAAUUGAAAAAACUGCAGGAAAAAAUGCUGGCUGCAGAAAAGUUAAGGAGAGAAAAAUGGGAGAACGAAAGAAUUAAAAAAAUUAAGGAACAGACAGUAAAAGGUUUGGAACCUGAGCUGGAAAGGAUGACUCGGACCCAUCAAGAUGAGCUUGCUGAAUUGAGAAGGGCCCAUGAGCGAGAGUUGAGUGAGAUGGAAGCUGCAUCAUCUAGAAGGAUAAUGGCUGCCCGUGAACAGGCUCUGAGAGAUAGAGAGCAGGCUGUAUCAGAAGAAAGAGAAGCAGCUAGGAAAAAGCUUGAAGAUGAGUUAGCUGAAGUGGAAAGAAGCUAUCAGGAACAAAGAAGACGGCUAAUGAAUGAAGUUAGGGAUGAGAAAGAAAGGUUGGAGCGAGAAGCUAAUGCUAGUUUAGCACAAAGAACUAGGCAACUGGAGGAGAAAUGGAAGCAGGCUGAAGCUGAUCUUCAAGAACGCAUGGCGAUGCUUCAAGAAAAACAUGAAGCAGAGUUAAAAGCAUUGAGAGAAACACUUGAGGGAGAAAGACAGUCUUGGUUAAAUCAUCAGACAAUCGCACUUGUUGAAAAGGAAAAGCAGAUCCGUGAAUCAGUGAAGAAAGAAAGAGAUAGGCAUAUAGAAGCUGUCAUUAGAAGGUUAGAUGACGAAGCACAAGAGAAGGAAAGGACCCUUGAAGCAAAAAUUGUGAGAAUAAAAGAGGAGUAUGAGAGGGAAUUAAAAGAAUCUGAAGGAUUACUGCAUGAAUUAAAAAGAAAACUAAAGGAUGCUAGAUCAGAAAUCCAGGAUUAUGAAGAGAUAGUGAGUAAAUUACGGACACAGACCACACAACUCGAAUGUCAGCUGACAACAGCUAAACAGCAUGUUGAACGGUUGGAGUAUGAAAGAAGCGAAUCACGCUCAUUAGCUAGAUCUGAAGCUUGCUCUCAGAUCGCAGCACUUCAGAGAGAACUUAGUGAAGAACGGAUGAAGAAGGAAGAAGCAGUAGCAUUAUUACAGGCAGAAAAAGAGAGAGAACUGCAGCAGGUGUAUAACAGAGUUAAGGAAGCAAUCGCUAAGAAAGAUGAAACAGUAAGAAUGGUUCAAAAGCAGAGAGAUGCAGCUCUUGAACAGUGCGCUCAGUUGGAAACAAUGGUUGACCAGCAGAGAAAAGAACUUUCAAUGAGAAAACAGUGAAUGAUUGCUCAAACUUAGCUUAGUUGAAUAACUUAUUAAAUUAUGUUAGUCUACAUAUUUAUAAUAAAGAGUUUUAUAUGGAUUUUAUUAA